UUUCGAUUGGACGUUUGAUACAUUUCCUGUUUUUUUUUUCUAGAAAAAGAGUCUUAAAUGAAACCUUAGGUAGUACCUGUCGCCGUGGCACUGAUCAGAUAUCCAGAUUCCCUCCACUGGAGCAGCACGGAAACAAGCUGAAAGAAUGAGAGUAGCAGGGUUUGUGAAGCUUUUUGUGGUGGUUAUAGGAUUUCUAUUGGCAUUUUAUGUUGCUUCUCAAGUUUUUGAAUUCAAAAUGGAUGCCAGUUUAGGAAAUGUGUUCGCAAGGUCAGCAGCGUCAAAUUCACAUCCUACAAAACCGCCAAAGUAUAAAUGUGGGCUUUCAAAACCCUGUCCGGAGAAGCAUUUUGCAUUCAAAAUGGCAAGUGGGGCAGCAAGUGUUGUUGGGCCAAAGAUGUGCUUGGAAGAUCGUGUGUUGAUGAGUGGUGUUAAGAACAAUGUUGGAAGAGGAUUGAAUAUAGCUUUAGUAAAUGGUAAAACUGGAGAAUUAGUGGAUACAAAGUUUUAUGACAUGUGGGGGGGAGACGUGAAUCCUUUAAUCGAGUUUCUCAAGACCAUCCAGGAUGGGACAGUUGUAUUAAUUGCCUCCUUUGAUGAUGGUGCAACUAAACUUAAUGAUGAAGCACGGAAACUUCUCGGUGAAUUAGGAAGUACAACUAUUGCCACCCUUGGCUUUCGGGAUAACUGGAUUUUUGUUGGAGGAAAAGGAAUUAAAACAAAGAGCCCAUUUGAACAGCACAUCAAGAAUAACAAGGAUACCAAUAAAUAUGAAGGCUGGCCCGAGGUCUUGGAAAUGGAAGGAUGCAUCCCCCAGAAAUCCGAUUAAAUUACAAAUAUAAGAUUAUAUCUUGUAUAUUUAUGUAGACUGGGUAUGGGAUUAGGUAUUAUUAAUGCUUGCAGCAAUCCUUUACUGCAAAGGUUUUAACCAAAUGCAUGAACGUUGCUGUGACAGUUCUGAGCGUUUUUCCAUGUAGGAUCAGAAAUAAUCAAGACCUUAACCCAACACGACUACAUGACUUUAUCUAACUUUUUAAUUGUUUUUAUUUUAAUUCUCUUUAUAUGUUUUAAUCUGUGAUCAAACUUUGCAAAAGUGUGUAGCAAUCUUACUUUAGCUAAAAAUAAAAAUAAAAUAAAAAGUUUAAAAUUUAAUAUAUAACUUUAAAGCAAUGUAUCUGUAUAACAUAACUAUAGAUAGAGGGGGCUGUAACAUUUUGAACACAAAUACAGGUAAAGUACCAAGCUAGGAAUUGGCCAGGCAGUGUGAUUUCCUAAUUGCUACUGUACCUGUGUUCCUCUGACAAAACCGCUAAAGACCUGCCAUCUGCUAAAUGGCUAUUCACUUCAGUAGCAAUAACAAAGACUUGGAACCAAGUGGGUUAAAGCUUGUGUGCAUUUUGGGGGGGAGAAUCUGAGUGAUGUAAACAAUUCACAAUGUUUAUCAGUUAUGUUAAUGAUGGUGCAAAAUUAACAUAUUUUUUUAAUAUGUUCCAUCUUCUAUUUUUUAUACUGUGUGUUUUGUAUUGUUUACGUUUAGGACAGUCAUGGUAGCCCAGUAUCUGUAAAGUUUAUUUUUGUUUGUUAUAUUUCCUUCAGUGUCAUCCACUGGUACUCCACUGGGAAAGGAAUAAGUCUCUUCUUGCAUGGCAGCUGCAUUAGCCCUGAUUAGGCUUGUACUGGGGAAACCCUGUAAGGGAUUAAACUGCAUUUCUUGAGGUGCUGCAAGAGAAGGAAGACCCCUAAACACACUAUUUUUACAUGUUUUUGUCAGCACUAUUCAUAAAACUUACUUUAUAUGUUUUCCAAAUAUUAAGACUUCUCAAUUGUAUUGUUUUAUUAAAAUAGACAGGGUGUGAAUUAGAGUUGACUGGAAUAAAAUCAUGUUAAUAUGCAAUUUAA